CUGUGUGCAUGUAACAGCAGAGGAUUAAAAGCAGAACAAAGCUGUUACAGUGAAUCAAGGAGUCAAGAGACCAUCUGACUUACCACAAACAGCAAAAUUCAAGGAAGAUCCUGGGAAGAGGCUUCGGGGGCCGCGAUGAUCCUGCCGUCCCUGGCCUUGUUCUGUGUUGAGAGGAAGGAAGGGAGAGUGGAGAGGGAGGGAAACAUUGAUUUGGAAACAGACAUAGAUCAGCUGUCUCUUGCUUGCCCCUAACCACCAAGGACCUGGCCGGCAAACCCAGGGCUGCAUGUUGGCCAGGGAGACAUGAGAGAUCAUGAGUCACUUCCCAGGCCCUCCAUCAGUGCCUGGCCCAGCUGGGUGGUUCCUGUCAACAGUAAGGUGACGCUGCAAUGCUCAGCUCCUACCAGGGAGGUCACCUUUGUUCUAAAAAAAAAAGGAAGUAAUGUGAGGUUCUCACCAUCUCCUGAUUCCUCGGAGGGCCUUGUGGAAUUUCACUUCACUGACAUACCAUACACUGAUGCUGGAGAGUACACCUGUGAAUAUUACAGAAGUAUAAGCCCCAGCAUAAGGUCACCAUCCAGUGAUGUCCUUCUACUAGUGGUGACAGGGAAUUUAGAUAAACCUUCCCUCCGAGCCCACCACAGGGGCAAGGUGACUGCAGGAGAAAACGUGACCCUGCAGUGUCAGAAGCCCAGACAUAUUACUGAUUCACACGUGUUUGCUCUACUGAAGAAAGGAACUCCAAUACCCAUACAGUUCCACAGUCAAAGAGGAAAGGAGACAGACUUCUCCCUUCAAAGUGUGACAGUCAGUGACACUGGGAACUACAGCUGUGUGUUCUACAAACCACAUGCUCCUUUCUGGGCCUCACAGCCCAGUGAUCACAUUGAGAUCCGGGUGACAGAUUCCCCAGAUGCCAAAUCAAGAGAUAUCACCGUGGGUACCCUCAUCCGACUAGGUCUGUCUGCUGUGAUUAUGGUUCUUAUAGCAGCCUUCCUGGUGGAAGCCUGGUGGAGUCAGAAGGGGUCUGCAAGUGGAUCCAGCAACUGAAGCCCCAAUCACUGUGGAAGAAGAAAAGAAGCAGGUUCUGCAGCUGCCUGGAUGGGGGACACGAUGA